GCGUGGUCACGCCAUUGUCGUCAGAGGAAGAGACGCGUCCGUCGUUCAUUCUCGCGCCCCUGUAAUAACGCUGUCGGAGCGUGGGGCCGCUCACAGUACCGAUCGGCCGUCCUUUGGACACUUCAGCUCCUUUUUCGCUUGUGUGUUCGUGGCUCAGCGAAGGACGCCUGCAACUGAAGAAAAGCCGAAGACUGCUGCUCUCUGACGGUUUCUGUAGUUUCCCAAGUGUCCAAGCUUGGUGUCAUCGAUACAAACAAGGACGAGCUGUUGGAAGGUUGGAAGAAUCUGCUUCCACUCUGCUGCCCCUCCCCCCCUUCCUCGCCUACCGGGAGAGUCAUGAUCCAGAGGCCUAGCCAUGGUGGUGCCCAGCUGACACUGACCUUGGCCCUGCUGCUGAUGCGCCUCCCAGGGCCGGCGGGGGCCCAGGGGAAGCUCUCUCCAACCGAUUUCAUGGACGACCUGCUGAGUCACUAUGGAGACAAUAGCACUGUUUUCAUAUCCCAGCUUCGCACUCUGCUUUCCAACUUCAGUGUAGGACAAGGGGACAAUAGCUCAGGGGAAUGGCCUUCAAGGGGCGCCGUAUCCAGAUGCCUGUCUUGGGAAGCCCUGCUUGGGGCUCAUGGCUUGAGCGAGGAGUCCAGACUGGACCGGCGUGGCCUGAAGGAGUUCUGCCCAACCCUGCUGCAGCAGCUGAGCACCGGGGCUUGUGGGGAGGAGUCCAGGUCAGAGCCCAGCCAAAACGAGCCCACUGAGCCUUCCACUGCAGAGGUUUGGGGUUAUGGGUUCCUGUGCGUCACGGUCAUCUCCCUGUGCUCCCUGCUGGGGGCCAGUGUGGUGCCCUUCAUGAGGAAAACGUUUUACAAGCGGCUGCUCCUCUACUUCAUAGCCCUGGCCAUUGGCACGCUCUACUCCAACGCCCUGUUUCAGCUCAUCCCAGAGGCUUUUGGAUUCGACCCACAGGAAAAUUACUACAUAUUCAAGUCGGCAGUGGUAUUCGGGGGCUUCUACCUGUUCUUUUUCACAGAAAAGAUUUUAAAGAUGGUCCUGAAACGGAAAGACGGGAAACCCCAUGGGCAUGGCCACAGCCACUUCCCAGCUGAGCACUACGCCUCCAAGGCGGAUGUAGAAUCAGGGGCUACGGAGAAGCUGCAGAAUGGAGAGGCAGGGGUGCCCUCUGGUGGACUGGACCGAACACUGCAAGGGACAGCUGAAGGUGAAAGGGUGCUGAAUGCUGGGCAGGCCCUCCAGGAGUCCCAGAGCUCAGGCGGGGGUGGCUGCUAUUGGCUGAAAGGCACCGCGUACUCUGACAUCGGCACGCUGGCCUGGAUGAUCACGCUCAGUGACGGGCUGCACAAUUUCAUCGACGGCCUUGCCAUUGGGGCCUCCUUCACCGUCUCAGUCUUCCAAGGCAUCAGCACCUCCGUAGCUAUCCUGUGCGAGGAAUUCCCCCAUGAGCUGGGUGACUUUGUGAUACUGCUCAACGCCGGCAUGAGCAUCCAGCAGGCUCUCUUCUUUAACUUUCUGUCGGCCUGCUGCUGCUACCUGGGCAUGGGCUUCGGCAUCCUGGCAGGGAGCCACUUCUCUGCGAACUGGAUCUUCGCGCUGGCCGGGGGCAUGUUCCUCUACAUCGCUCUGGCUGACAUGUUUCCUGAGAUGAAUGAGGUCAGCCGUGAGGAGGAGGAGAGCGGAGGCAGUGCCUCCCUGGUGACCUUCGCCAUUCAGAAUGCAGGACUGCUGACGGGAUUUUCCAUAAUGCUGCUCCUUACCAUGUACUCUGGGCAGAUACAGCUGGGCUAGGCCUCACGGCACCGUGAACCUGUAUACUGUACUUUCCUCCUCGCAGACCCUGACUGUCGGUCACACUGUGCUCAAGCAACUGGAUGGGCUGGACCUGUGCCCCGACCCUGCCCCAGUGUAUGAAAUCACAAUUAGAACAAGAGAGAAACUCCUAUAUGCAAUGGUAGUACUGUACUGCGAUGUGAUUGGCUCUCUCAUUUUAGAUUCUGAGACCAAACUCUUUGAGGACAUUUCACUGCAACAGUCCUGGUGACUUGGUGCUGUUUGUUUUUCUCUCAGCAAAUGGAAAAUGACUGGAAAUCAAAGGUGACAGGCUUUCUUGGCUUGAUUUGCAGUGCAGGAUUGGAAUAGCUUUAGAUUUCCUCCAUGAGGUGUCCUUUUUGGCAGUGCUAAUGUAUGUUAAUUUUAUACAGUGUGCACAUGAACAAGGACUCAGACUGAACAUGGCUGGAGCACAGACCCCAACUAUAAUCUUCAUGUUAUCAUAUGUCUUGUAUAUUAUCUAUGCCCAGUCAGGUAUCUUACUUUGCCCCUCGAAACUGGUGGAAGAUGUUUGCUUGUUUGUGUGGCCCGAUUAACUUGACCACACUUAAACCAAAAAAAAAAAAAAAAAUAGAAGGUAGAAUGCGUGAUCUGAUCAAACUGCCAGUUAAAAGGCUUUUUAAAUUUUCAUUUUGUUUAUUUGUCUUUCUUAAUAUAAGGAGAUAAACUAAUUCCUAGUGACCAAAUAAGAGAUUUUACCUGUAAGGUUUUUUAAGUUGUAUAUGUCAUUGGACCAUUUUUCUUUCAUUUGUAUUUUUAAUGACUGGAUUCUCCCCAACACUGUGCUCUGGUUUGCCUGGUGUGCUGAUGUUAACCCUUUCUUCUGUGUCCAAAAGAAUGCUAUCCUUGCUCUGUACAUACUUUUUCACUGGAAAUCAAAUGCUUCACUGACAGCUGUCAGUUAGUGAUCUAAUGAUCAGAUAUACAGAAUUGAGUCUGCAACAGUUGUAUGUACUGUUGCGUAACCAUGGCAAUUAUAGCAGUGGUAUUUCAGUGAGGAAUGUUAUCCUGCUGCCCCCCUCCCCUAGACAGAUUACCCAUAAGACCCUAGCAAUUUGAUCAGAAUUAGUAGGUGGGUGGAUGGGUGUUUUAUUGGUUAGUGUUGGGGUAAUUUUUCAGGUGUCUUUUUGUUUGGUUUUUUCCCUUUUUUUAGGGGCUGUUGGCAAUUUAUGUUCUCAACCACAAGUAUUUUGUAACACUUGAGCAAAGGAUAUCUGAGUGUAAUCAGGGUUCCGUUGCUUAGAUAAGCUGACACUUGGUUGUUUAGGAUUUUUUUUUGUCAAUGGCUUGAAUGGCAGUUGAGUAUUUAUUAUAUUUGAGGAAAGCAUCCUGUGACUGAUGAUAGUGUAGGUAUUGAAUGCACAUUUAGAUUGUGUGUUUGUAUUUUAACUGGUUUUAUGCCUCUUUCUCAAUAUUUUAUUUAUUCCAACUUUCAUUACAGACAAGCUUCAAAUUUUUGGUGGUCUAGGUGCUGUGUGAAAAUGUGAUCAGAAGAAGGCAACAGUUUGAUAGUCACAGAAAAUCACUGACGUACAACAGCAGGAGGCAGCUUGUCUGGACUCUAUGCAAAAAAGGCUUACACCCACAAAUUAAUAAAGGAAGUUAAAACUGGCUGUGUGAUUUUUUUUUUUAUUCCUUGUGCUCUCAGAUCUUUAUGGUUGGAGUCAUACAAUAUUGUUUUUUUCUAUUAAAGAUAUCUUGUAAUCAUUGCAGAUGAUAGUAAGUGCUUACGUGAAAUACUAAAGUUCAUUUUCCAAAUUCAUAUUUACAAAAUUUGAGGAUAUUGUUUCAUUUGGAUUUUUUGAGUUUAAGAAUAACAAAACAUGGUUAUACUUGAAUUUUGUUGUGUUCUACUUUAAGCUUUUGUGAGAUAGAAUGAUUACAUUUUAGGACAAGCUUUAAAAUACUGGUUUUUAUCUGCACUCAUACAAUGUUGCACAUGAGUUUAUGGUGCAUUUAAGAGGAUUUUGAAGAGGGAUUCAUUAAAACCAUUAUCAAAAAUCAGCAAAUUUUCUCAGUUUUGGAGAAGUGGACAUUUUUCUUUUAGUUUUGGUUGCCAGUGAAUUUUCAUUCCUGGAAUCUUGAGGUUCUGUCCUUUCUGUCAUGUUAUUAACACUUGUGCCUGCCUAGUCAAAGUAUUAUUUGUAGUUUUAUUUUACAAGCCAUGUGAAGGACCAUUUUUACUUCUUUCUUAAGCCAUACUUUUAAAUGGAGCUAUGUACAUUUUAUUUUUUGUACAACUUAAUUGUACUGUGUAACUGAUCCACACUGUUCUGAUCGUAGAACUGAAUAAAACCUUUACCUUUGGGUAACCUUACAAAGAAA